GUUUAUUUAUUUAUUUUUUUUCUGUAUUGAAGCAAGUUUAUAUAGGAAAAAUAAAAUCUUGAUUUUGAUUCUAUGAUGUAUUUUUUAAUAUGGAAGUCUAGAUUGUAUAUAUAAUAAGUUGAUUUUAACAGUGACAUGGAAAGUGGAUCAAUGACCAAUUCAUCAAGAUCAAAAAAAGCAGAUCAGAUGAUGAGAUUGGAUGGAAAUAUAAUAAGUUGCAAGAUCCUAAUAACUCAAGUCGGGUGGUCUGUAACUUUUGCAAUAAAGUUACCACUGGUGGUAUCACCAGAGCUAGAAGGCAUCAAAUAGGGAUGAAAGGGGAUGUGGCUCCAUGUCCUAAAUGCCCACCAGCAGUUAGGGCAGAGUUGUGGGCCAAUUUACAACAGAAAACCGCAACUAAAAAAUUAGACUCUUGAAUGAUUUUUUGUUUUGAAGUUUUAUUAUUUGACUUUUUUCUGAAUUGAUCUUGUCCGAUUUUUGUACUCUUUAAGUAUUUUAUUGUCUUGUUUGAUUAUUAUAAACUACGAUUUUUAUUUGUUAAAACUUGAGAAUAUUGUUUUUUAUAAUUUUUGAUAAUUUUUAUAAACUCUUAGGUCAAUUUAUGCUUUUUAUUACUAGAUUUAUCACUUAUUUUAAUUAUUAGAUUUAUAUUUUAAUUUUUUUAUCAAAUACCCGCUAUUUGUCAAUAGCGGCUGCUACACUAUCAUAGCAGAUUUCGGCCUUUCUGCUAUUUGCCGCUAUCCGCUAUUGAUAGCACUGGUUAAUUUAAUAAGCCUACAUUGAGGUUUGAGGAGAGAAAAAAAUCUGAAAAUAAUAAGGCAAAAGUUUGUACCUUGGAGAGAAAUGGUGGAGGAGGAAUAAUCGUAGACCUAAUCUUCAAAAGGCACCUUUCUGACAUAUCCCUUUCUCUCUUGUCAUCACUAAGAAGUCUUCUGUAUAUUGGAGGAACCCAUAUGUGUGACAAUUCUCUCAUCUUCCCUCUCAAUUGGGCUACUAACUUCAUUACAGCCUGAUAAAGGUAGCAUCAAAACAGUUGCUGGUGUUUGAAACAAACUAAAAAUAUUUGAAGAUUAUUAGCUUGCAAGAUAUAUUACAAGCUUGAUAAUGGAGGAAAAUUUAGCUUCAAUUUAUAAUUGUGGUUUAGCAUCAAGUGGAAUAUAGGUUGCAGCUUAAGGCAAUCUUCUAAGUUUUAAGACAAGUACAUUUAACUAACAUUACAGAGUCCUGCAUGUGGUAAGAGCAUAUUCAAGAUAGCAUGGAAGAAAAGUUUUGCAUGCUA